AUGUCAGGGAGUAAACAACAGAUGAGAUGGCAAUCUACCAUAGACGUCAGCACUCAAGGUCAAAGACUUCAGUACACUCCCAGCCCAAAGAUUUCAGUACUCUCCCAGGCCAAAGACUUCAGUACACUCCCAGCCCAAAGACUUCAGUACACUCUCAGUCCAAAGACUUCAGUACUCUCCCAGGCCAAAGACUUCAGUACACUCCCAGCCCAAAGACUUCAGUACACUCCCAGUCCAAAGACUUCAGUACUCUCCCAGUCCAAAGACUUCAGUACACUCCCAGUCCAAAGACUUCAGUACUCUCCCAGUCCAAAGACUCCAGUACACUCCCAGUCCAAUGACUUCAGUACACUCUCAGUCCAAAGACUUCAGUACUCUCCCAGGCCAAAGACUUCAGUACACUCCCAGCCCAAAGACUUCAGUACACUCCCAGUCCAAAGACUUCAGUACUCUCCCAGUCCAAAGACUUCAGUACACUCCCAGUCCAAAGACUUCAGUACUCUCCCAGUCCAAAGACUUCAGUACACUCCCAGUCCAAUGACUUCAGUACACUCUCAGUCCAAAGACUUCAGUACUCUCCCAGGCCAAAGACUUCAGUACACUCCCAGCCCAAAGACUUCAGUACACUCCCAGUCCAAAGACUUCAGUACUCUCCCAGUCCAAAGACUUCAGUACACUCCCAGUCCAAAGACUUCAGUACUCUCCCAGUCCAAAGACUUCAGUACACUCCCAGUCCAAAGACUUCAGUACACUCCCAGCCCAAAGACUUCAGUACACUCCCACCCCAAAGUCUUCAGUACACUCCCAGUCCAAAGACUUCAGUACACUCUCAGUCCAAAGACUUCAGUACACUCCCAGCCCAAAGUCUUCAGUACACUCCCAGCCCAAAGACUUCAAGAAAAAUGA